AUGUCUGUGGCUUAUUAUGGCCUUUGUCGCCAUUUCUUCCUACUUGGCCUCAACCUCCUGACGCUCCUGCUUCCCGGUGAGGCCUACGAGAGCAUCUCCGACGAGACACUACGCAGCCUGCCCCGGCCAGGGAAUGACUUCGAUAUCCACAAUGGCGCGCUCCUAUCCCCGAUUCUAAUUCCCCGUGUUCCUGGCACUCCUGGCUCCACUGCAGUGCUCAAUCACUUUGUCGACUUCUUUCAGAUGACGUUGCCUGAAUGGAGGAUCGAGUUCCAGAACUCGACCUCGACGACACCCACGUCUGGUGGGCAAGAUGUGCCAUUCGUCAACUUCAUUGCCUCACGUGAUCCACCGGGAGCUUCGCCUGGCGGCGUGGAGUAUGUAACAUUUGUGGCGCACUACGACAGCAAGCUGGAACCGGAGGGAUUCAUUGGCGCCAUCGACAGCGCGGCGCCAUGCGCGAUUAUCAUGCAUAUGAUGCGCAGCAUCGAUGCAGCGCUGGGAAAUAAGUGGAAUGCGAUGCAAGGAACGAAGGCUUCAUCACUGGACCUGAAACGGGGCAUCCAGGUAAUCUUUCUUGAUGGCGAGGAGGCCUUCAAAAGUUGGACCGCCGACGACUCCUUAUAUGGCGCCCGCUCUCUGGCAGAGCAGUGGGAAACUCAGAUGCACCCAGCCAUGUCCGAUUUCAGAACUCCGCUGUCUGCCAUCUCCCUGUUUGUGCUUCUGGACUUGCUAGGUGCGCAGGGCCCGUCGAUUCUGUCCUACUACCAGACUACGCACUGGGCCUAUAAGCACUUGGCCUCACUGGAGCAGCGACUCCGCUCUCUAGACAUAUUUAAGUCGUCGCCUGGCCUGCCGUGGUUCCCUGAUGCUGCUAAAGAUGAGCAUGAACUCAAGGUGUUUGGCGGUAUCCAGGAUGAUCACAUUCCUUUCCUGACUCGAGGCGUGGAGAUUCUUCAUCUGAUUGAUUUUACACCCAUGCGGAAAACAGGGUUUCAGCCGGUUUGGCAUACAAUUGAUGAUGAUGGAGAGCAUCUCGAUAUAAACACUGUGGAGGACUGGAGCUUGCUCAUGACUGCCUUCGCCGCCGAGUGGAUGGAUCUCGAAGGGUAUUUCGACACCGUUGAUGGACCUACACCGAGAUACGAGGCUCUAGCCAACGCAGAGGCGAUUGAGUUGGACAAAAGGGAUGAAUUGUAA